AUUUUAUUUUUAAGCGGAACAAAUUCUCUCUCCAAAAGCCUGUCCGAACAUAAAGUAAAAAAACACUCAACCUACAUUUCCCGCUCUACGACAUUCCGUUGGGCGGCUUCUCUGAAUUUUAUGCAAUCCGGAGGCCAGGGUUUCGAUUCCGUAGUUUUCUUUCCAGAACAGUAGCCUUGUGAGUGUCAGCUGCGAAAAUGUUCAUAAAGCAGGUGAUCAUUGAAGGUUUUAAAAGCUACAAGGAGCAGGUGGCAACAGAGCCAUUUAGUCCAAAGCAUAACUGUGUAGUUGGUGCCAAUGGGUCAGGCAAGACAAAUUUUUUUCAUGCGAUACGGUUUGUCUUGAGUGACCUGUUCCACAAUCUUCGUGCUGAAGAUAGACAAGCACUUUUACAUGAAGGAGCAGGCCAUCAAGUGUUGGCGGCAUUUGUGGAAAUUGUAUUCGACAACAGUGACAAUCGCAUUCCAGUUGACCGGGAAGAAGUACGCUUGCGUAGGACUAUUGGUCUGAAAAAGGAUGAGUACUUUUUGGAUAAGAAACAUAUCACGAAAACUGAAGUUAUGAAUCUUUUAGAAAGUGCUGGAUUUUCCCGAUCAAAUCCGUAUUAUGUUGUGCAGCAGGGAAAGAUAGCUUCGCUAACCUUAAUGAAGGAUUCUGAACGAUUGGAUUUGCUUAAAGAAAUAGGGGGAACUCGUGUAUAUGAAGAACGACGGAAAGAAAGUUUAAAAAUUAUGCAAGAGACUGAAAACAAGAGGAAGCAAAUUAUUGAAGUUGUUCAGUACAUUGAGGAAAGGCUAAAAGAACUUGAUGAAGAAAAAGAGGAGCUGAAGAAAUACCAGCAAUUGGACAAGCAGCGGAGAUCACUGGAGUACACUAUUUUUGAGAAGGAACUCCAAGAUGCAAAACAGAAACUUGAGGAGAUUGAAGAAGCUCGAGCUAAAGUAUCUGAAAAAUCAACUAGCAUGUAUAAUAGUGUUCUUGAGGCACAUGAGCGUUUCAAGACAUUGGAGAAAGAUCUGAAAAACUUAAGCAAAGAAUCUCAAGCUAUGACAAAGGAAAAGGAUGCUGCAGAGAAGCGGAAAACGGAAACAAUGAAAAGGCAUGCAAAAGUUGAACUGGAUGUUAGAGAUUUAGAAGAGAGAAUCAGUGGAGAAGGACGAAUGAAGGAAGAUGUAGCAAAGGAGCUAAAGAGCUUGGAAAAGGAAAUUCAGAAAUCAAGAAAAGAACUGGAAAAGGUUAGGCCCUUGCAUGAUCAGCAAUUGCUGGAGGAGGAGGAGAUAACUAGGGGCAUCAUGGAACGAGAGAAGCAGCUAAGUAUCUUGUACCAAAAACAAGGCCGGGCAACUCAAUUUUCAAGCAAGGCUGCUCGAGACAAAUGGUUGCAAAAAGAGAUUGAUGAUCUGCAGCGUGUACUUUCAUCAACUAUGGCUCAGGAACAAAAGCUGCGGGAGGAGAUAGAACAACUCAAUCAGGAGUUUGAAGAGCAGGAGAAAAGCAUAGAGGCUCGAUCAGUAGAACUGAAGGAACAAGAAUCUGAUAUUUCUAAGUGCCAAGGAGAGUUCGCUAGUUUGAAAAUUGAGAGGGAUGGAUUACAAGAGACUAGAAAGAAACUGUGGAAACAGGAAAAUGAACUCGCAUCUGAAAUUGAUAAGCUGAAAUCAGAAAUUGCAAAGGCAGAAAAAAGCUUAGAUCAUGCUGCUCCUGGGGAUAUAAGACGGGGCCUUAAUUCAAUAAGAAGAAUUUGCAGGGAUCACAGCAUCCCUGGUGUCUUUGGUCCAAUCUGUGAAUUGCUUGAUUGUGAUGAGAAAUUUUUCACUGCUGUUGAAGUGACUGCAGGAAAUAGCUUGUUUCAUGUUGUAGUUGAGUCAGAUGAGAUCUCAACCAGAAUUAUUAGAUACCUUACUGCUGAGAAAGGUGGAAGAGUGACUUUUAUGCCUUUGAAUCGUGUGAGAGCUCCGCAAGUUGCUUAUCCACAUAAUCCAGAUAUUGUUCCUCUUUUGAAAAAGCUAAAGUUCUCUUCACGAUUUGCGCCUGCCUUUUCCCAGAUUUUUGGGAGAACUGUCAUUUGUCGCGAUCUGGAGGUGGCUACAAAGGUUGCUCGAACUGAUUCAUUGGAUUGUAUCACUUUGGAAGGUGAUCAAGUGAGCAAAAAAGGUGGCAUGACAGGAGGCUUUUAUGACUACAGGCGAUCAAAAUUAAAGCUUAUGAACAUUAUUCGGCAAAAUACAAAGGCUAUCAAUUCAAAGCAAGAUGAACUUGCAAAAGUCCGGAGCUCUGUUCAAGAGAUAGACCAGAGGAUCACAACAAUUGUUGGUGAUCAGCAGAAAAUGGAUGCUAAAAGAGGUCAUCAUAAAUCUGAGUUAGAGCAGCUUAAGCAUGAUAUUGCUAAUGCAACAAAACAGCGCACAUCUAUCUCUAAGUCUCUUGAAAAAAAGAAAAAGCUUCUUGCAACUGCUCGUAACCAAAUUGAUCAGCUUAAAGCAGGCAUGGCCAUGAAACGAGCUGAAAUGGGUACAGACCUUAUUGAUCAGUUGACCCCAGAAGAGAAGGCUCUUCUUUCUCGUCUAAACCCUGAAAUUACACAGCUCAAAGAGAAACAUCUUAUGUGCAAGAGAGCUCGAAUUGAGACAGAAACAAGGAGGAGUGAACUUGAAACAAAUCUAUCAACAAAUCUUGUCAGGCGACAACAAGAGUUGGAAGCCCAACUUGCAAUUGCUGAUUCAGAAUCUUUGUCGACUGAGCUUGAGCUUAAAAGGCAGGAGCUACGAGAUGCAAAGGCAUCUGUUGAUGAUGCAACUCAGCAAUUAAAAGCAAUCACGGACCAAAUAGACAAGUACACAAAACAAAUAAGAGAAAUGAAAAGUGGAAAAGAUGAAUUGAAGGCUCUAGAAGACAAUUAUGAACGGACACUUCAGGAUGAAGCAAAAGAUCUUGAACAACUUCUGAAUAAAAGAAACCUUCUUCAGGGAAAACGAGAAGAAUUCAUGAAGAAAAUCCGCGACUUAGGUUCAUUGCCAUCAGAUGCAUUUGAAAAGAACAAGCGCAAGAAUUUAAAAGAAUUGCACAAAAUGCUUCACAAAUGCAAUGAGAACCUUAAAAAGUUCAGUCAUGUCAACAAGAAAGCAUUGGAUCAGUAUGUCAAUUUCACAGAACAAAGAGAAGAGCUACAUAAGAGACAGGCUGAGCUUGAUGCUGGUGAUGAGAAAAUUAGGGAAUUAAUCUCAGUGCUAGACCAACGUAAAGAUGAAUCUAUUGAGAGGACAUUCAAAGGAGUGGCCAAAAACUUUCGUGAAGCUUUUGCUGAGCUUGUACCAGGUGGUCAUGGUUCCCUAGUAAUGAAGAAAAAGAAGGCUGGUGAGGUCGACGAUGAUGAUCCUGAUGAUGAUGGAAAUCGAGAUAUGGACUCUGAUGCAAGGGUAGAGAAGUACAUUGGAGUCAAAGUGAAGGUAUCUUUUACCGGGCAAGGUGAGACUCAAUUAAUGAAACAAUUAUCUGGUGGUCAGAAAACAGUUGUAGCCUUGACACUGAUCUUUGCAAUCCAGCGGUGUGAUCCUGCUCCAUUUUAUCUUUUUGAUGAAAUCGAUGCAGCACUAGAUCCCCAGUACAGAACUGCAGUUGGUAAUAUGAUAAAACGACAGGCAGACACUGCAAGCACACAAUUCAUAACUACUACAUUCAGGCCUGAGCUUGUGAAAGUUGCAGAUAAGAUAUAUGGUGUCACACAUAAAAACAGGGUAAGCCGUGUUGAUGUGAUUAAAAAAGAAGAUGCACUAUACUUCAUUGAACAUGAUCAGAGCCACCAGCAAGAGUAAGAAAUGGUCCUUGCACGAAGGUCUGUAUAUUCUUCCAUACGUCGUGUACAAUUAUUUCAUUUAUGACAGUUGUUGUAUAACUAAACUAGAUUAGUCAAAUGAAAAGUUGUAAAGAAGCUCAAGUCGGAGCUUCUUAUUGCAUGUAAACUACAUCAUUAAUUUUGUCUGUAUGACAGACGAGUCAACAGUGUUUACAGUACAUUGGUUUGUACCAUAGUUUUUACAGUACAUGUAAUUUUCCCUUAGUUAGCAUUCCAUUAAACUAACAACUGAAAGUGUAUCCAGUAUGAAGCACCUCCAUAUUCACUUUUUGGAGCAUAGGCACUAUGGUAUCAAGGUUAAUUGCAUAACAGCAAUAAUUUCUCUGGGGCAA